CUUCGAUUAACCAUCUUGUCAUACGUAACAAGAAGCUCUUUUUAAAAGAGGUAGUUGUCAGACGACAAAAAUGGAGGAAGUAUGUAAAUUCGUUUCAGCCGAAUAUCCGCGAAAGUCUGACUCGUUUAUUCAAUAUGGAACUGCAGGAUUUCGAACAAAAGGUGAAGCCUUACCUCAUGUGAUGUGUAGGAUGGGAUUGCUGGCUGUUCUGAGAUCAAAGCAAAAGAAAGCCAGUAUCGGUGUGAUGAUCACUGCCUCACACAACCCAGAGGAAGACAAUGGUGUCAAGUUGGUGGAUCCAAUGGGAGAGAUGCUGGAUAUCAGCUGGGAGAAACAUGCAACACUUCUGGCCAAUGUUGAUGACAGCCAUCUAGCUGAGACGUUAUCAAGUAUUGUACAGCAAGAAAAAAUUGACUUGAAUCAGGAAUCAUGUGUUUUGUUUGCCAAAGAUACCAGGUCUAGCAGUGUUCUACUUGCCAAGGCCUUGCAGCAUGGUAUCACAGCCAUGGGAUCAGAGUUUGUGGACUAUGGUUUGUUGACUACGCCUCAACUCCAUUACAUGGUCAGAUGUAGGAACUCAAACAAUGACUAUGGUCAGCCCACAGAAGAGGGCUAUUACACAAAACUGGCUGCAGCUUUUGUAAAUCUACAAAAGUCUGUGACAGACACGGGGAAGUACAGCAGUGAGAUCACGGUGGAUGCCUCCAAUGGUGUAGGAGCCCAGAAAGUGAGGGAGCUGGCCAAACAUCUGGGAGAGCAGCUCUGUAUCACUGUCCUCAAUGAUGGAUCAGUGGGCAAACUCAACCACAGGUGCGGUGCAGACUUUGUCAAAGUUGGUCAGUGUGUCCCAGAUGGUGUUGCACUGUCUGAAGGGAUGAAGUGUGCCUCAUUUGAUGGUGAUGCAGACAGAAUAGUCUACUUCUUCCAAGGGCCAGAUUGCAGUUUUAAACUGAUGGACGGGGACCGGAUAGCAACACUGGUUGCUGGCUUCUUGAAGAGCCUGGUUGCGAGGACUGGACUCAAACUCAACCUUGGACUUGUACAAACAGCCUACGCUAACGGCAGCUCCACAUCUUAUAUCACAGAGACACUGCGGGUGCCAGUGGCCUGUGUAGCUACAGGGGUGAAGCAUCUGCACCAUCGAGCCCAGCAGUUCGAGAUUGGCGUCUACUUUGAGGCCAAUGGACACGGCACUGUGCUGUUCAGUGAUAUCGCUGAGAGACGGGUCAAUGAGGCUUUGAAGAAUUCCAGUUUAUCACCAGAGAGUAGAGCUGCAGUGGAGCAACUUAGACUGGUGAUAGAUCUCAUAAACCAGACAGUUGGUGAUGCACUGUCUGACAUGUUGCUGGUAGAGACAAUACUGUGUCACAGUGGUUGGGGAAUGCAGAACUGGUAUGACUGUUACACAGACCUGCCUAAUAGACAGCUCAAGGUCAAGGUGAAAGACCGGAACAUUAUUAAGACGACCCCAGACGAGACUCAGGCCACCACACCAGCUGGUCUACAGUCUGCCAUCGACAAACUGGUGGAGAAGUAUCAGUGUGGGAGGUCAUUUGUACGGCCAUCAGGAACUGAGGACAUUGUAAGAGUGUAUGCUGAGGCCGACACACAGGAAAAUGCGGAUGAUCUUGGUCACAAAGUUUGCCUGCUUGUCUUUGAUAUGGCUGGAGGGAUUGGAGACAAACCCUAGACGUGGAUCACAGCUUCCUGGUGGAUCAAAUUCACAAAGUGGAUCUAACCUUACAGGUUAUCCAUCUGAUGAUCCAGAUGGUGAUUCUGACUUCUAGUGAUUUAAAUUGUGAUCUUAUUGAGUAAUGUUUUGGGAAAAAGGGCCUAAAUGCAAAUGUGUAAAGUGCAGUUUCAGAUUUGCCUGUGCAGUCUCUCUCUGCUUUAAUGGAUUUUUUUGUUUAAAGGGAGUCUCUUCUAAAUGAGAAUCCAAUCUAGGCCGCAAGUGUUGUUCCUGAUAGGAUAGAGCCAAUAGCACAGGCUAAUGUGGGACCACAGCUUGCCCACGUGCAUUAAGAUCCAUUUUCUUAGAGGGCAGCUCAUUUACUGUGUACAGGGCAUGUUUUCCUAUUGCUUACUUAUAACAAUUAAGUUAAGUUCUUAAAGAAAUACAAUUUACACUUAAUAUUGCCAUUCCAAAUAGAUAUUGCAUACAGUAGUAAAAUUGUUCAAGUGUACAAUAGUCUUGAUUUAUAAUUUCAUACUUAUUAUGCCCCCCUUCGAAGAAGAGGGGGUAUAUUGGUUUGCACAUGUCGGUCUGUUGGUCGGUCGGUCCGUCCACUAGAUGGUUUCCGGAUGAUAACUCGAGAACGCUUAGGCCUAGGAUCAUGAAACUUCAUAGGUACAUUGAUCAUGACUGGCCGAUGACCCCUAUUGAUUUUCAGGUCACUAGGUCAAAGGUCAAGGUCACAGUGACUCGAAACAGUAAAAUGGUUUCCUGAUGAUAACUCAAGAAUAAUUAGGCCUUGGAUCAUGAAACUUCAAAGGUACAUUGAUCAUGACUGGCAGAUCUUAGUGAUUUUCAGGUCACUAGGCCAAAGGUCAAGGUCACAGUGACAAAAAACGUAUUCACACAAUGGCUGCCACUACAACUGACAGCCCAUAUUUUUAUCUUUUAAAACUCUGGCAAAGGUUAUAUUUUUGUUAAAUUAUGGUUUUAUUAUAAAAUAUUGUUAUUUUACUGUACUUCCUAUUAAAAUAAACACCAUAUUGCAGUCAAAUUUGAACAUUAAUACUGGUAUGAAUGUUAUGUCGUGAUCAUAAUUCCAGGAAAACUUGCAUGGCAGCAAACAGUUGAUGAAUCAUUAUUUGAAAUCAUGACUUGUGAUAUUUAUUUACCCGGUACACAUAAUGCUUUCAUUACAAUCAUACAUACUCACACCCAAACAACUAAAAACUGUGCAUUCCUUCUUAAAAAAAUAUGUACUAACUAGGCCUGGGCUUUCAAAACUAUAUACAAACUAGGUUGGGGCCUUCAAAACUAUACAAACUAGGCCAGGGUCUUAAAAACUAUAUACAAACUAGGCUGGGGCCUUCAAAACUAUAUACAAACUAGGCAUGGGCCUUCAAAACUAUAUACAAACUAGGCUGUGCCUUCAAAACUAUAUACAAACUAGGCCUGGGCCUUCAAAACUAUAUACAAACAGCCUGGGCCUUCAAAACUAUUUACAAACUAGGCCGGGCCUUCAAAACUAUAUACAAACUAUGCAUUGUCCUUCAAAACUAUAUUCAAACUAGGCUGGGGACUUCAAAACUAUAUACAAACUUGGCCUGGGCCCUUUUUCAAAGCUCCUUAUAGUAAAUCUAAGGAAAUUCCUUAAAUUUAUAAUUCUUUAAGUUCCCGGCUACGUGACCUUUGGUAUUUUUUUAAUGAACCUGUUUUAAACAAGAAAAUAUUUCUUAAAUGAUUUUUGUUUAUCUUUUGUAAGUGCAAAAUAUAAGAUUUGGUAAUGAACAUUUGUUCUGAAAUUUUUUCUUAAGAACACCAUGAGUUUAGAAUACUGGCCCUGAUUUAUAAACAAAGUCUCAAGUCUUUGAUGACAAUAUUAUUAUAAGCUCUUCAUAUUCCUUGUGCAAAUAAUUGUUCAUUGAUGAUACAAAUGCUAUUUUUUUAUGAAAAUUAAAUGUCAAAUUAUCACAACAAUUGAUGUCUUGUGUAGUUACAUUAAUUUUGAAAUAAUGUGAAUUAUAUAUAACGUAAGAUUCUAGAGUAAUUUUUUAAGGAAAAAAAAGAAAACCAGUGCUAAAUACUGAAGCUUAAAGCACGUUUGACUUGUAUAUACUUACUAAUUUUUUUUUAAUUAUCCCCCGCCAUCGGCAGAGGGAUAUUGGUUUGGCGUUGUUUGUUCAUCUUUCCGUCAGUCUGGAGCCAUAUCUUUGAAGUGCUUUGACGGAUUUCAUUGAAACUUGGUAUAAGUAUAUAUAUGGAUACUAGGAUGAUGCACGCCAAAUGGCAUUGUACACCAUUUGUUUAUAACGGAGUUAUGGCCCUUUGUAUCUUGAAAAAAUGCUUUUUUGAGUGUCAAAUAUAACACUUUUGUGUCCAGAAGCAUAUUGGCGGGGGAUAUCAAUUCAACGAAUUUGCUUGUUGUUUUAAAUAUUAUUAUUGUUGUUUGGACAAUUGUUUAUAUAAUUUAAUUGUAUGUAUUUUGUAACAACAUUAAUUUGAUCUAUUUAAUUUACUUUCUUUUUUAUGUAUCUGAACAGAAAAAGAAACUGGUGUGCAGUUUAAGCUAUCUUAGUCCUUCAUCCAUAGUAAUAAUAGUAAAUAAAUGAACAUCCCAAUGCUUUGUUUUAUACGCCUGUUUAACUACUGGCUGAAUCUGGCUUAAACUUUCACAGUUGAAGGAACUUUAUGCAUAGAGGGUUAGGUCUAGGGAUUUGUAUUUAACAGUUGCCUGGGUUGCUGGGAAUAUGUAUUUUAUAUUCUUUUAGCUAUUUUCUGUAUCUGUUAAGGCCGCGCUCUGUGAAAAAGGGGGUUAAUGCAUUUGCAUGAAGUGUCGUUUCAGAUUAGCCUGUGCAGUAUGCACAGGCUAAUCAGGGACGACACUUUCCGCAUAAACUUAAUUUUUGCUUUGAAAAGACUUUCUUAAAACUAAAAAUAUCAUUAAAGUGUAUAGUGUCAUCCCUGAUUUUCCUGUGCUGACUGCACGUGCUUAUCAUGGAUGAUACUUACGCACAUGCAUAAACCUCCCCCUUUUCACAGAACACUGCACAGUUUUAAUAUUUAAGAAAAUCGUGACAGAUUUACAGUGCCAUACUGGUAACUAAAAGGUGCUGUUUUUCAUUGGUGUUCUAGAAUCUAUGAUGCUGGUCAUUAUGUUGUGUUUGAUUGAUUUAAGAAUAUACUUUUAUAUCAAUAACUAAUAUUAAUAUUGUGGUAUGUUAAACUUGUUUAAGUAUAUUAACAAGAUGACAUAUAUCUAUCAAAUUUGCUUAUUAAUUCAUUUCCAUUUUUAAUGGCAAUAUUACCAAAAAAAAUCAUGCUUAAUGUAAGUAUAUCAUAUAACUGAUAAAGUAUUUGCUGAAUUCUUGUGAUUGUUAUUGAUUGUAGUUUUUCCACAUCUGUAUUUGUUUGUUUGUAUGGUAUUUACAUUAUUUAUAGAGAGCUAGCCCAUUUUUAAAAUGGACCAGUUUUCUGUUUAUGCUCUUAUUUUUUGUUCUUUUUUAUAUAAGUUGUUGAACAUAGAGUGCUCAAAUAAAUUAACGGAACUCAUUAAUUUUCUCAAUAAAUGAGCCGCUAUAUGGGAAAUCUUAACUUCAUGCAUGUGCGUAAAUUGUCGUCAGUUGGCAAAGGCUUAGCAGUUACUAUAUUUUCUGCUUUUAUAGAUUAUUUUUUUGUUUGAAGAAGGUAUCCAGUAUUGACAGAUUGUGACGUCAUAAUAAGCUGUUGCGGACUGUCAGACAAAUUGGGACGACACUUUAUGCACAUGCAUCACCAUAAUUUGUGUCUUGUUCUGAGAAAACUGGGCUUAAUGCAUGUGCUUAAAGUGUCGUCCCAGAUUAGCCUGUGCAGUCCGCACAGGCUAAUCAGGGACGACACUUUCCGCCUAAACUUGAUUUUCGGUAAGGAAGGACUUCCUUGAAACUAAAAAUACCAUUAAAGCGGAAAGUGUCGUCCCUGAUUAGCCUGUGCGGACUGCACAGGCUAAUCUGGGACGACACUUUACGCACAUGAAUUAAGCCCAGUUUUCUCAGAACAAGACACAAUUGGGACGACACUUUAUGCACAUGCAUCACCAUAAUUGUUCCCAGAACAAGGCUCAAAUGAUGCUGGUUAUUUUGGUGUGUUCCUUCAUUUUUGGAAUAUGCUUGUAUACAAAUACCAACAUAAUUAUAAACGUGAUAAUGUUGAACUUCUUUAAGUAUAUUUAAUUGAUUACAUACAAAAUUUGCUUAUUGUUUCUCUUUCAUAAAAAUGACAAAUAUGUAUGCUAAAAACAUUUGCUUUUAAAGGAAUGUUUGCAUAUACAUGUAACUUAUUUGUCUUUGCGGAAUUCUGGUGAUUGUUAUUGAUUGUAUUUUAUUCGCAUCUGCAACUGUUUGAUAUUUACAUUGUUAAUAGAGCUAGCCAAUUGUGGAUGGGAAUAUUUGCCUGAUUAUGCACUUUUUUGUUGUUCUUUUUUAUUCUAUAAAUGUUGAUGUACGUAGCGCGCUCAAAUAAAUAAACAGAACUCAUUUAAAUAUCA